AUGGAACUUAUAAAAAGUCAUUUUAGAGAAGAUGGUUGGUGGCUGGCCGAAAAUAAGAACGGUGAAAAAGGACUCGUUCCCAAAACUUUUUUGACAGCAAUCGACGAAGAUAUCACGGUUCUUGACGUAGAACAUUCUGCAAAGUGCAAACAACAAUUGGCACUGGCUCAAAAAACAACGGCUGACGCAAAAUAUUCUGCGAAGUGCAAACAACAAUUGGCACUGGCUCAAAAAACAACGGCUGACUAUUUUUUAGAUAUACAUUUGACAUAUUGCUGCCAUAUUAUGCCAAAAUUAAGCGAAUCAAAUCUUGGCUUUCAUGACAUUUAUUGGAAUUAUGAAACUAACAGAGUGAGUAAUGUUCAUUCAAUAAAAGCGCAUAUUAAGCAUCGAACGGAGAAAACCUGGAUCUUCAAAACGGUCGAUAAACAAUGCGAUUCGAUUGAAUUUUCGGAUUUUUUUGUCAGAUCAAAUUAUUAUCAAGCAGAAGUAAUGCUUCUUAUCGAGGCUUCUAUUGUAUUUAAUCAGAAUAUAUAUUUUUUACAAAAUACUGCUUAUUUAGAGCUCAUAUUUGAGCCAUUUCUGGCAACUUUUCCGAGUGUUGCAGAUCAACAAGAUUUGAUGGAUUUAAUGAGGAAAUUAUGGAAUAAUAAGCUGAAAUUGAAAACAAUUGAAGAAGAAAUAAGCGAAUUUCGAGAAUUUUAUUUAAGAACAGCAUUCGUUUUCUACAAUACGAUACCAAUGCCCGAAUAUAAUAUUUACGAUUUGAAAAGUCAAGCAAUUCGAGACAAAAUUUUUAAAGAAUUAGACAGUAGUUCGAAAAUUUCCGUUUUAAAAUAUUUGUCUGCUCAACGAUGCCAUCCUCUUAAUAUUUAUGAUUAUGCAAUUGAUAUUGUUGGACCUCAUGCUAUUGAUUAA